UAGAAAGCACAGUGGGUGUCAAUAUAAAGUGACGGCCAUAUUUGCCGGUGCCGCUGUUGUAAACAAAAAGUGAGAGACAGACGCUUCACUGAAUUUCGGGUCAUUUUUAUUUCUUUAAUUUACAAUGUCUUUGGGAAUGUCUUAUAAACCCAAUGUCCAUCAGCACAUUCCGGGAACUUCUGGGAACCAGGUUGGAAACCUCCAGUCUCCCUCAGCAGCUAACCUGGCCACGUUGCAGUCCUACAGGCCUCUUCUGAGUGACUAUGGACCGCCAUCUCUGGGAUUCUCACAGGGCUCCUCUGGUAGCCAAGUGCCUCAGAACAAAUAUGCAGAGCUGCUGGCCAUCAUCGAAGAGCUUGGAAAGGAGAUCAGGCCCACGUACGCUGGAAGCAAGAGUGCAAUGGAGAGACUGAAAAGAGGGAUAAUCCACGCCAGAGGGCUGGUGCGUGAGUGCUUGGCCGAGACGGAGAGAAACGCGAGGUCCUAGCUACGAACACGCACACAUUCCUCCCUGCAAGAAGAGCUAACAGCGUGUCUCAUGAAAAAAAAUAAAUAACUUGCAUGGCAUUUCCUUCGAGAAGAGGAAGUAAACGAACAAAGGAUGGAAAAGCGAGCUCCUAGAGAGAGAGUAAGAGAGAGAAAGAGAGAGGGGGAAAAAAAAAUACCACAAUUCAUGACUCCUGAGGGUUCUGGAGGAUCAUUUAAAAUCAUGCGUGGGUUAUUGGGAUUCAAUUGAGAGGAUAUCGUGUUUUUAUGCCCCCACUUUUGGGAUCUUAGUUUUGACUUCAUAUUUAAAAACGUUGAUUUCUGCAUGCGGACGGGCCCGUGGGUUAAUUGUAGACAGUGCAUGGCUUGUACAGGGGUAGAUGGAGAAGUUCUUCUUCUUUUUUGAUAGUAUUUUGGUCUGUUUUUCGGACCCCUAUAACACACAUGACUGAGUGAGUGAGGGACAGAGAUGUGCCAAAUGCAUCGGUUCAUUCGUGUUGAGGUUGGUUUUGGUAUUAAAAAAAAGGAAAAUGCUGUUACUUGCAUCUUUGUAUGUAUUUAUUACUCAGUGUAAUAAAUUGUAUUUUCAA